GGCAACUAUUGGACGGUGGAAGAUCAUCCUGCUCCUCAACUUAGACCAGAUUAUCGGGACAUGGCCUUGGGGGAUGCAUGCCGAGUACCUGGUCCUGGACCUUCCUCUAGCCCGGUCUGGCCUUGAUAAAUUCAGAUGAUCCGGCUCUAUCCCUGAUCUUCUGACAUUUUGGCAAGUGCAGCUCUUGUUGACCCUGCGCCGCAGUUCGCAGUUCAUCAUGGUCGAACUACACAGUCGUGGCGGCGUGACCGCUACUGCAAUCACGCCGCCUCUUCCCCAGGUGGUUGGCUAUAUCGUCGUCGUCGUAGUCGGGUUGAUUAUUGCUUUAGCCAUGAUGGUUAUCACCCGUAUUCUGAAUAGGACAGUCGGAGAGGACAACAAGAAGACAGAAAUGUUCAUGACGGCGAAUCGAACGGUACGCACUGGUUUAACAUCUUCUGCUGUCGUAUCGUCCUGGCUGUGGACAACAGCCAUGUUGGGUCCAGGUCUCGUAGGAUACAGCUAUGGAAUGGCAGGACCUUUCUGGUUUGCCGCCGGCUGUAGCCCAAUGAUCGUGUUCUUUGCAUUGCUAGGGGUCUCGUGCAAGAAUAAGAUCCCUGAGGCACAUACCUCCCUGGAAGUUGUCAGAGUCCGCUAUGGUCGUGUCGCUCAUCUCGUCUUUAUGGCUCUCUGUCUGGUGAACAACAUCUUUGCCUGUGCAAACAUGUUGCUAGGUGCCGCAGCUGCCAUCUCUGCUAUGACUGGAAUGCACGUCAUCGCAGCAACUUUCCUUCUACCAGUUGGAGUAUCCAUCUACACCUUUGUCGGCGGGAUCAAGGCAACUUUAAUUACCGAUUAUUUCCACACAGUGAUCAUUCUGAUCAUUGCGUGUUACUUCUCGAUUAAGGUUUUUACCUAUGAUCAGAUCGGUUCUGUUGGCAACCUAUUCGAGCUCGUCAAGGCGGCUUCCAUUCGCAACCCUGUUUCUGGGAACGAACAGGGGACAUAUCUGACUAUGACUUCUAAGGGGGCCAUCCUGUUCGGAAUCAUUCAUAUCUGCUCUAAUUUCGGAUUGGUCAUUAUGGAUACCAGUUACUUCAUCAAGGCUUUCUCUGCAUCGCCUUCCGCAGUUGUCCCAGGUUACACCAUUGGAGGGAUUGCAUAUUUUGGAAUCCCCUGGGCACUUGGAACUUUGAUGAGCUCGGUUGCCCUUGGUCUUGAAAAUAAUCCGGUCUUCCCCACGUAUCCUAGACGCAUGACUGAGACAGAAGUCAAUGCCGGUCUCGUCCUCCCGUACGCUGCCUUGACCGUCGCUGGCAAGGGUGGCGCAGCUGCAGUCGUUCUGAUCACUUUCAUGGGGGUGACGUCGACUCUAUCUGCCCAGGUCAUUGCAGUCAGUUCUAUCAUCAGUUUCGACAUGUACAGAGAGUACUUCAACAAAUCCGCUUCAGACCAGCAGGUUAUUCGAUGGAGUCACUUUGGAGUAGUCUUCUUUUCUCUCUUCUCAGCUGGCUUCAGUACCAUGCUGCACUAUGUCGGAAUUGACCUUCAGUGGACUCUCUACAUGCUCGGCGUCGUCACCUGUCCUGGUAUCUUCCCCAUGGCUUUCACCAUCCUCUGGCGCCGCCAAAGCAAAGCCGCCGCAAUUCUCGCGCCCAUUCUCGGCUUCGGCACAGGACUCGGUGUCUGGCUCGGAACUGCCCAAGCCUUCUACGGUGAAGUGUCAGUCACGUCGACGGGGCAAGUUCUUCCCUGCGUCUACGGCACCGUUGCCUCUGCCUUCUCACCCAUCCCAUACUCGGUCCUCAUCACUCUCCUCAAACCACAGAACUACGACUGGUCCGACUUCAAGAAGGAGCAUCUUGCACUUGAGAAGCUCGAUAGCGAUCUCACAACCGCCCAUCACCAUGACGAGAGAGCCGCAGUGCGUGAAGAAACCGCACCCGUCGCCCCGCCUACUCGUCAGGAAUUCAAACGAUGGAGCCGUAUCGCUGCAUUCUGGUCUAUCGCUACGUUCCUCGGUCACUGGGUUAUCUGGCCAUUACCGAUGUAUGGAUCGCACUACGUUUUUCAAAAAGGAUUCUACGCAGCAUGGGUCAUCGUCGCGAUUAUCUGGCUCUGGCUCACCAUGCUCAUGGCGACCUUCUACCCCCUCAUUGAUGGAGGGUUCCAGCAGAUAAUCCAAGUCAUCCGCGGUCUUCGUCAGGGAGCGCCUAUCUACGGAAGCAGGAAAACCGACAGUUCUCCUUCCUCGUCAUUCAUCGAAUCCAGAGUCAACGAGGCUACUAACGUGCAAGAAGAGGCUGCGCCAAAGUUGAAGGAGUAAGAUAAUAUAGAUAAGGAACGACUUAACCUGCUCUUAAACCCUAUAUUUGGAGAAACUGGAAUUGGCCGUGUGCUUUCGUCUUUUGGAUUAGAUACGACUUACUUCUUGGGUAUUUGAUGCGUUUAAUGCGUGUGAUGAAUGCAUGUAUUGUAUGGGUAUACUAGAGGCUUAAUAGAGUCUAGAUGGGUUAUAGAAAUAGCACAAUAGUAAUAACGAAAAACAUAAA